AUGGCGUCAGAAGCUCGACUACCUCCGCCUAUGCACUCCUUUGAGCGUCCCUACAGCUAUCUCUCUCGGGCCCUAGUGGCCGCAUCGUAUCCUCUAUUGGGCAUAUACUACUUCUUACGUCAUCCGGCCUUCUACCCUCUAUUCCUAGGUCGACUUCUGCCUCUUUCUAUCAUUUCCAUCCUUGUGUAUUUGAUACUAUUUACAUUCACUUUUCUCCCCCAAUUCGCCUUUCUGGCCAUAUUUCACGGCCGUGCUGCAUGGCUCAAUGCCGUAGUUCUCGUAUUGGGCGAGGGCCUGGUCAUUAUCCAGGGUUUGUUCGAAGGCUUCUUCGUCGACGAGUGUCGCGUAGAUGUAUUUGAUGCAACUUUGAUCAACGAAGAUCUCGAAAACCUUGUCGCGCCGCAUCGAAUCCUUUUCCCGGAUGCGCCGAACUCAGUCAAAAAGCUUGGGAAACCGACCAGUGCUGCAGUCUACCAACCGUGGAGCCUAAUACAGAUCGUCGAGCUCAUCAUUUGCCUACCGCUCAACUUGAUUCCAUAUGUUGGGACACCGGCUUUUAUCAUUAUCACUGGCGCCAGGCUCGGAACGUUUGCGCACUAUAGAUGGUUCGAGCUGCGAGGGCUGAAUAAGAAGGAGUGCAAACUCGCCCUACGAAACAGGAGUUGGGACUAUACGUGGUUUGGUACGGUGGCCAUGAUACUGGGGCUUAUACCCGUCCUAUCCUUCUUUUUCCUCUUAACCUCGACGGCAGGGUCAGCACUAUGGGCGGCGAGAUUAGAGCACCAGAUGCGCGUAUCUCAACAGGUACCGGGAGAAGUGUCAGCGCACGAUCCAGACGAACCGCCUCCCCCAUACGUGGAUAAUCCUAUAUAA